AUGUCCGACGAGGCACCACCCAACAAGUGGGAGACCCCUGAGUCAGCGUCUGCUGCACGAGCUGUCGGUGUGUAUGGGGGCGGUUGUACUCCCGGGACAUACCUCAAAACGGCCACGGGGGUACAGCGGGGUGAAGAACUUUUUCACCGACCGGAAUUGGAGCGACCGUGGCGUACAACAGCUGAGCAGCGUCACGUUAUGAGUAUAGCACUAAGAGAGAAGGAAAUCGAGGCGCUGAUGCGGAAGUGUUCGUCACUGCGGACGAAACUGGGGAACGCGAAACAUGAGGCGAAGUGUAUAGAGUUCGCCAUGACUGAGAAAUCUAAAGAGGAAAUUGGCGAACUACGGGACGAAGUUAAGCGGUUGGAGGGACUGCUGAAGGGUGAGAAUGAGCAACAUCUCAAGCUCAAAGAAACAAUGGAGCAUCAAUUACGCAUGCAAAAGUUGCAACACGAGAAGGAGCAGAUGAUGUUGAAAAACGAAUGCCGUGUUCUCAAUGAGCGCGUUGAAAACCUCACAAAAAUAUACCAACAGCAGGUGGAUGAUGUUAAAAAAGCAGCCGCCCAAGAAUUGGACCAUGUGGAGAGCCUUUGUAAUGCUCGUGUAGAAGAGCUGACAAAAGAGCUAGAGGCCGUUCGUGCUACAAACAGGGUCGCGGAGGAGCGUCACACCGAAGGUCAGGCGCUUAUGAAGAACCUCGUACAUCGCAUUGAGUCUGAGUACAAGGAAAGGUCUACGGAAACGGAGCGGCGCAUCGGUGACAUGCGUGCGCGACUGGAGGAUGAAAAGAAGAAGCUAUCUGAAGAGCGCGAAGAAGCUGUGAAGGAGGCGGCGACGGCCGCGGAGCGGCUCGUUUUGGCAAACGCGGCCUCUCAGGAAGUAGAGCAGCGGUUCAAGCAGUGGGAUAUAUACAUUCUUCGCAUCUUAGAUGAUAUCUACUCAGCGUUUGUUAGCUGUGCCCCGGAGCAGGCUGUUGAACCUCACAGUUUGGAGGUACAGGAGGCCGCCCUCCUCUACGCCCCACGGUGUAUUGUCGAGGAUCCAGAAGCAAAACUGGUGGUUGAGCGAAUUGUUACUCGCUUACUACAACUGAAAACCAUAGACACCAACUGUGAAGCGCCGGUUUCGAAGGAAUCAGAUUUUGACUGUUUGUUGGCGAAGCUCGAUGCCAAGCAAGAGCGACUUUCGCGUGCGCUGGUGGAGAUUGAGGGGAAGUGCUCUGAGGCAUCAGUUUCUUUAAAUCGUGCGCUUUCUCGACUGUAUUUUUUCUGUGAUGAUCUCGAGAACGCCAUAUCGCACUCCGGUUCGGUUCCCCCACCCCAAAGGAACGUUGUGUUCGCAUGCUUGCGCGUCUUUAAUGGUGACCUUAUGUGGGUCGAGGAUGCGGAAAAGGCACAAGCUGCCGUAUCUUUGAUGAACUGCGUGUUGCGCCCUAAAAUGGCUCAGUACGGUGCGUAUGAGUGCUACUGUGAUGGGACAUCAAUGCUGCUCGCCUUCGACGAUCCGGUAGCGGCCUGUCGUUUCUGCACGGAGACCCAAAAAUGGUUGAUGACGCUCCCUUGGUCGCAGUCCCUUCUCGAAAGCUCAUGGGGCUCAGAGGUGCGUUGUCAGGGGACAAAUGAAGUGGUAUUUCGUGGGCUGCGCCUGGCGAUGGCGGUUCACACAGGUGAUACAUUUGUGGAGCCGCUGUCUAUACCGGUUGGCGAUUCUUACCGGUGCCACUAUUACGGUCGUGCGGUAUCUCAGACUGUACACGCGUGCUCCACGGCCCGCGGAGGGCAAAUUCUGGUUUCCCAAGCCGUAUGGGAGAGGUGUGGUCCGCGGAAGCAUGAACUGGGUGCUUUAGUGGUGCGAGAACUGGGUGUGAUCCCCACUGCAUUUUUUGAUGCAGAAAAGAACUCGUAUGAAAAGGAACCCAUCCAAUUUUUCCAAGUGUUUGCGGAAACCUUAAAGAACAGGUCUUUCAACGAUGCUGGGGAUGCGGAUGUCUGUGAGACAGACCCCUUAGGCGAUUUGAACAAAUUUUUAUUUCAAUCUGAGCUGAAAGGAAUGGAGGGUCGUUGUGUGGCGCUGAAGAGAGCGAUUUCGGCAGCACAGGAGGAAUUUGGGGUAAUUGAUGGUUCUAUUCGCUCUUUAACCAUCAAGGUUCGGGAGGCUAAGUCACACUUUCAGUUAAUCCCACCGGUUGAAAUGGUGAUGCACUUGAACAACAUGUACACCGUAAUGGAAAGGAUUGCGUUGCGCGCUUCCGAAUUACGUGACACCAUUGUGACCCUGGAACGGCGCCAGGAAGAUCUUUCGGCUCAAACAAAGGGGCUGAGGAGCCAGUGCUCCCACAUGAUCUCGUCUUCUGCAAGAUUGAAGGAAAUACAGAUCAAGGCAGAUGUGAUUGAAUCGAGCUACAGGGAACAGAUUCGCGGAAUGACAGCGGGACAUAGAGAGAAGGUUGAGCAGCUGCAUAGAGAACUUCAAGAGCGUGACCAGAAAAUUCGAGACUUGUGUAGAAACGUUGGGCAUGUUGGGAGUGGAGGCAACUGA